CUCAAAAUUAGACAUGGCAGGUACGUCAACGACGGUAUUUCUGUUGUUUGUGUUAUCAGUGGCGGGAAUAGAAGGAGCGAGAAUAUUAGCAUACUUUCCAACGCCAUCGAUAAGUCAUCAAGUUGUCUUCCGUCCUAUAAUACACGAAUUAGCGAGAAGAGGUCAUGAAGUAACUGUCGUCACCACUGAUCCGGUAUUCACGAAAGGAAAUCCUCUUGCGAAUCUAACAGAGAUUGAUGUCCACGAUGUAUCCUAUAGUAAAUGGAGAGAUGUGCUUAAGCACCACACCGGAAAUAAAGACGAUGUGUUAAAUCAAAUAAGAAUGAUAUUCGAAAGGUUGGCAAUUAUACUUGAUGCGCAGAUGGAAACACCACAGGUGAAAAAUAUGCUAAAAAAUAAAGAUAGAAAGUAUUUUGAUUUACUUAUACUUGAAGCUUGCAACCGUCCUCUUUUUGGUAUUACUCAAAUGUUUGAUGCACCGACAAUUGUAAUAAGUUCUUUCGGUGCAGUACCCGUUCAAUAUAGUGCUAUGGGUGCACCAAUGCAUCCUUUAAUAUAUCCUACACUUGGUCGACAGAAGCUAUACAAUCUAACACUUUGGGAUAAAUUCUUGGAAAUGUUCAAAUACGUGGCAUUCGACAUUAUAGUUUCGACAACUGAAGCUUUUGACUAUCAAAUAAUGCGGAAACAUUUCGGUAGCGAAGUCCCCUCUUAUCAUGAAUUGGGUAAAAGAAUACAAAUGAUGUUUUUGAACGAACAUCCCAUUUGGGCAGAUAAUCACCCUGUACCACCAAGUAUCGUUUAUAUCGGCGGUAUACAUCAAGCUGUAGAAAAAGAGUUACCUAAGGACCUCAAAAACUAUCUGGAUUCGUCGAAAAAUGGUGUUAUAUAUGUGAGCUUUGGUACGAAUGUUGUACCAUCUCUUUUGCCAGCGGAAAAAAUUAAAGCUAUAGCAAAAGUAUUUUCUGAACUACCUUACGACGUACUAUGGAAAUGGGAUCAGGACACACUACCAGGACAAUCGAAGAAUAUUAAAAUAUCUAAAUGGUUCCCUCAAACUGACGUUUUAAGACAUCCCAAUGUAAAAUUAUUCAUUACGCAAGGAGGACUACAAUCGACUGACGAAGCUAUCGAUGCUACUGUGCCAUUAAUUGGCAUUCCAAUGUUAGCAGAUCAAUGGUAUAAUGUAGAAAAAUAUGUUUAUCACCGAAUCGGUAAACAACUUGAUAUGACGACUUUAACAGAAAAGGAAUUCAAGGACUCCAUAACGACUGUGAUCACUGAUAAGAGCUACAAAAACAACAUCAUGAGGCUAAAAGCACUGAUGAGGUCGCACCCGAUCAAGCCCGUCGAUAAAGCCGUCUGGUGGGUGGAACAUGUCUUGAAGUAUGGCGCUGGUCACCUUCAGAGCCCUGCAGCUCACAUGUCGUGGUUUGAUUAUUAUGAAAUUAAAUUAGUUCUCAUAACAAUUGCCAUCAUUAUAUCUAUUUUAGCCCUGUUAAGUUAUAUCCUUAAACUAGUUAUCAGUUUUGUAUACAGAUUGCUUAAAAAUAAUAUUAAGCUUAAACGCCAAUAGACCUGUGAUAUUUAUUAAUAAAAUCCAGUUCACACGGAUUUUAGUGUAAAAUUUAUGUAAUAAUGAAAUAUAUUUCACCUAUGGAUAAUUUUAUUUCGUUUGGUGUAAACGGUGAUAUUU